UCGAAAAGUCCUUUAACGAUGCUUUGCACUUUUCAUUUUCUUUAGUGAAAACACCACUUCACUUAAAACUAACAUUAAAAAGCAUCUACUGUCUUUUUAUUGUGCUCUCAACCUAAUCGAAAUGCAUUCUCCUUUCUUUCAUAUAUGAAAUAAACUUUUUUGUAUUAGUUCUUUCUUUUCGCAGUUUUCUUACUCUGGGUGCACCAUCUACAAUGUUUUGCGAUUUUAAUUUGUCUUGUUCUUACAAUAAUAUAAAGUUUUUUACGGUUAAAUCAGUACUGUAAAAUACGCAAGGUGGUGAGGAGUAAGAUUUGGUUGAAACCAGGUUUUUCUAACGGAAUGGAUCCGCUGGAUGAAGCACCGAAAGAUCCUGGAGCUCAAUUACCAGCACAAACGUACGACGAAACAGAUUAUGAAGGUCACCGAGCACACACGUUCUAUGUUGGGGUUCAUGUUCCUCUAGACCGAAGACACUCACACAGACGGCACAAGCAUCACCAUCGAAACUCUGAAGUCAGCAAUUCGUCUGAAGAAGAUAGACCUCAGUUACUUGGUACUAGACGUGGUCGUUUAAGCAUUUCCGAAGAUGGUGAAAUUUUUACCCCGCCCGCACAAAGAGUACAAUUCAUUCUUGGUGAAGACGUUGAUGAUGGCUCCAGUGAAACACAUCCCUUAUUUUCCGAAAUGCUCGAGCUCAUCGGCGAUGGGGAUGAGAUGGAAUGGAGGGAGACCGCCAGAUGGAUAAAGUUCGAAGAAGUGGUUGAAGAAGGAGGAAAUCGGUGGUCAAAACCUCACGUAGCCACAUUAUCAUUACAUUCCUUAUUCGAAUUGAGAAGUCUAGUUUUAAAUGGUUCCAUAAUUUUGGAUAUGGAAGCGAAAACUCUAGAAGAAAUAGCAGAUCUAGUCACAGAUAAUUUUAUAAGCAAAGGAACUAUUACUGAAGAAAUCAAAGAUAAAGUAAAGGAAAUCCUUUUGAAAAGAAUCAGGCAUCAGCAUCAGUGCAAGGGACAUGUGCUUCACAUUAUCAGAUCAUUGACAGAAAUUGGCAAAAACCACUCUACCUCAAGAAGUGGCUGCUUGCCUCUUACACGACGUUCAUCCACUAAAAAGAAACGGAAAAACGCUACUCCAAGCGAAACAGUUGUUAGAACUGAUUCCAGUCAUAAACGAAACGGUUCUUAUGUUUCUCUCACAGUAGGUGGCGAUAAAUCGGAGGGUUUGACAAAGAGCACGAGUGCUACGUCAAUCCACCGAAAUCACAGCACUGGCGACCUGGGUUCAAUGAACGGGGAUAUUGUCCAUCACAAUCUUCAGUUUAUGCGUAAAAUACCGCCAGGUUCGGAAGCAAGUAACAUUCUUGUCGGCGAGGUGGACUUUUUAGAAAAACCCCUCGCCGCAUUUCUUCGUCUAAACACGUCCGCAGUGGUGGGCGAUCUUACAGAAGUUCCCGUUCCAACACGGUUUAUUUUCGUCCUUCUCUAUCCUCCAGCAAUGAAUUCAGGAUACCACGAAGUUGGAAGGGCUAUGGCAACCUUAAUGUCGGACGAGGUAUUCCACGAAGUCGCUUACAAAGCAAAAAACAGGAACCACCUCCUAGCCGGCAUAGACGAAUUUUUAGAUGCGGUUACUGUCCUUCCACCUGCCGAAUGGGAUCCUGCGAUUCGAAUAGAACCUCCAGCAGCCAUUCCGUCUCAAGAUGUUCGAAAGAAACCUCCACCCGAGAAACCUCCAGCUGAAAUCGAUGAAGAAGACGAAGAAGAGAGGUACAGAGAAGAGAACGGUUUAUCGAGAACCGGAAAACUGUUUGGCGGACUGCAAAACGACAUUAAAAGAAAAUUGCCAUGGUAUUUGUCUGAUUUUAAAGACGCUUUAUCUUUACAAUGUGUUGCCACAUGGAUAUUUUUGUAUUUUGCUUGUCUGUCUCCUAUAAUUACAUUCGGAGGAUUACUCUCUGAAGCCACAGGCAAAAAUAUGGCUGCCAUGGAAUCGCUUGUGUCUGGUUUCGUUUGCGGCAUCGUCUAUGGAUUCUUUUCUGGUCAACCUUUGACCAUAUUGGGAUCCACUGGGCCAGUAUUAGUGUUUGAAACGAUUGUCUAUGAUUUUUGUUUACGAAUCGGAUGGGACUAUAUGUCGCUGCGUUUCUGGAUAGGAACAUGGAUUUCAGUUAUUCUGUUCAUCCUAGUGGCUACUGACGCCAGCGCAUCCGUGUGCUAUAUUACGAGGUUUACUGAAGAAAACUUUGCAACUCUGAUAGCCUUUAUUUUUAUUUAUAAGUCAGUGGAAAAUGUCUUUUCAAUUGGUAAAAGAUACCCGAUCAAUACUAGCGGAUUUACAAAUAUACCAUCUAAAUGUUAUUGCAUUCCAAACGAAAUUGCUCAACAAGGACACCCUGAAAUGGACUGGUCACAUUUUAAUAGGACAACGUGCCUUAGCUAUAACGGCACGUUGGUGGGAGAGGGCUGUUCUACAUCUGAAUAUGUUCCAGAUGUGUUCCUAAUGUCAAUUCUUUUGUAUAUUGGAACCUUCUUACUAUCCGUUGUACUGAAAGAUUUUAAAAACGCCUUAUUUUUUCCUGCAAAGGUACGACAGUUUGUCAGUGAUUUUGCCGUAAUAAUAGCAAUCUUUUCAAUGUCAUUUUUGGACUUCAAAGUAAACAUCCCAACCCCGAAACUUGAAGUACCGAAGGAAUUUAAACCCACUUUGAGUACAAGAGGUUGGGUGAUACCGCCGUUCAAUGGGAACCCAAUAUACACUGCCCUCUUGGCACUUUUGCCAGCUCUCCUUGGCACCAUCCUGAUAUUCAUGGAUCAACAAAUUUCGGCUGUUAUUAUUAACAGGAAAGAGAACAAACUGAAAAAGGGUUGCGGAUAUCACUUGGACCUGUUCGUUUUGGCAAUUCUCAUUGAAAUAUGCAGUCUGAUGGGAUUACCGUGGUUCGUUGCAGCAACUGUCCUGUCAAUCAAUCACGUUAAUUCGUUAAAGUUGGAAUCUGAAUGUGCGGCUCCCGGGGAGAAGCCGCAGUUCCUCGGAGUGAGAGAACAAAGAGUAACGCACAUAUUAAUAUUUUUAACAAUUGGCCUGUCAGUGUUCCUAACACCAAUUCUAAAACAUAUUCCUAUGCCAGUAUUAUUCGGAGUAUUUUUGUAUAUGGGAGUCUCGUCACUAAAAGGACUACAAUUCUUCGACAGAAUCCUGAUCAUGUUCAUGCCACCGAAGUAUCAACCAGAUUAUAUGUUUUUACGACAGGUAAAUAUUAUAAUUGUAAUAUUAGAAUCGGACCAUAAAUCGUUGUAACUUACCUACUAGCAU